AUGGCGGUGCAGGUGACGGUUCUGCCUUCCCCGAGGUGCCUGUUCGAUGAGCCCGUGCGGAUCUGCGUGGCGGGUCUCCUGCCGCAGCAGGCGGUCACCCUCCGAGCCAGCCUGGUUGACGAGAGCGGGGAGCUUUUCCAAGCCCACGCUCGCUACAGAGCUGGGAGCAGCGGAGAGCUCGACCUCAGCUGCUCCCCAGCGCUGGGGGGCAGCUAUUCGGGAGUGGAGCCGAUGGGGCUGCUGUGGUCUCUGCAGUCUAAAGCGCCCUAUAAGCGGCUGGCAAAGAGGAACGUCCUGACCCCUUUCUGUGUGGACUUUGAAGUGUAUGAGGGCCAUGGGGACAUGAGCCGCUUGCUGGGAAAAUGCACCAAUGAACGAUGGUUUUUAGGAGAGGGGGUGAAGAGGAUUUCGGUCAGAGAAGGUCGUCUGAAAGCAACCCUCUUCCUCCCUCCUGGACCUGGUCCAUUCCCUGGACUUAUCGAUUUGUAUGGAUCUGGAGGAGGUCUUGUUGAAUACAGAGCAAGUCUUCUGGCUAGCAGAGGCUUCGUGACUCUGGCUCUUGCUUACAUGGCCUUUGAAGAUCUCCCUGCUAUGCCAGAGAUUCUUGAACUGGAUUAUUUUGAGGAAGCUGUAAAGUUUUUGCGGAAGCAGCAGCAGGUCAAAGAUACUGGGAUUGGCGUUCUGGGCUUGUCUAAAGGAGCUGAUCUAGCCCUUUCCAUGGCCACAUUUCUACCUGGCAUCAAGGCAGCUGUCAGCAUAUCUGGAAGUGGUUUUAAUUCUUUGAUUCCUCUGCGGGGGGAUGGCUUCACCGUUCCUCCCCACCCAUAUGAUUUGGGGAGGAUGAAGAUCAGUGACGAGUCUGGCCUAGUAGAUUUUUCAGAUAUCCUAGAUGAUCACAGGGACCCAGCGACUUGGGAUUGUCGCAUUCCAAUGGAGAGGUCCUUGGCGAAGUUCCUCUUCCUGUCAGGACUGGAUGACAUGAACUGGAAAAGUGACCUCUAUUGCCAGGAUGCUGUUCAGCGCCUUCAGCAGCAUGGACGGGAAGUGGAGUUUUGCUCCUAUUCUGGAGCAGGACACCUCUUGGAGCCACCAUACUUGCCUCUGUGCCAGGCUUCGAUCCACAAAGUGCUUGGGGUGUUUGUGCAUUGGGGAGGGCAAUGGAGGGAGCAUGCCAAAGCCCAAGAAGAUGCGUGGCACAGGAUACAGGCCUUUUUCUGGCAGCACUUGAUGGACUCAGACAUCCCUAAGAGCAAGCUGUAG